GAUAAAUAUAAAAACAACUUUAGUGAGUCAUUUUGUGUGUGGAAGAACCAGAAUCGUGUGUUUGAGAACAUGUUUUCCAGUGCUCCGAAUUAUACCAAACUGAAGACGAACCUUCGUCUAGCCGUUAAUCGGCUAAAGUUGCUUGAGAAGAAGAAAACCGAGUUAGCGCAGAAGGCCCGUAAGGAAAUUGCGGACUAUAUUCAGGCCGGAAAGCCCGAGCGGGCCAAGAUCCGCGUUGAGCACAUUAUCCGGGAAGACUAUCUGGUCGAGGCGAUGGAAAUAGUGGAAAUGUACUGUGAUCUGAUCCUGGCGCGGUUCGGUCUCGUAACGCAAAUGAAAGAGUUAGACGAAGGUAUCGAGGAAGCGGUCAGCAGUAUAAUCUGGGUGGCACCUCGUCUGCAGGCGGAUGUGCAGGAGCUGAAGCUGUGCUCGGACAUUUUCACCAUGAAGUACGGCAAACAGUACGCUAAGCAGGUUCGAGCUGCAAUUCCUCCCCACAAGGUGUCGGAUAAGCUGAUGCAUAAGUUGGCCAUCCAGGCUCCCCCGAAGCUGCUGGUGGAAAAGUAUCUCAUUGAGAUAGCAAAGAUUUUCAACGUAGAUUACGAGCCCGAUCCACUGAUAAUGAAGGAUGACCGCUCCAGCAUUAUGGAUGGAGACAUUCUUAUAGACCUAACGGACAAGAAUAAUCUCGAUGGGUCGACUGGUGGAGCAGGCACGGGCAGCGGUAGCCCUGGUGGUUCUGGGCCGGGUGGCAACAGUGGAGGAAGUGGCGGAGGUGGUGGCAUUGCAACACCAGCUGCUGCAGCAAACGUUGGAUUCGUGGCAUAUCCACCACCCUUGCCUCAACUACCCGUGGCGCCGCCAGCUGUACCGUUUCAGUAUCCGGCUGGACCAAGCGGACAAAACUUUGGCAGUGCUACAGCGCCACCGUUUAACUACAACAUUCCUCCAAACUCCUCGGAGAAGGAGGAGAUUAAGGAUUUGAACAUCAACUCCAACUUUAUCAACGAAGAAAAGGGAGCAAGCACUUCAAGUGGUCCUCCUCCAUCUUAUGCUUCGCUGAGUCCGGAUGAUAAUAUGCAGAAUUCCACCAAACCGAAACCACAGCCACGCUCCAAGUUCUCACCGGAACUCAACUUUCCUCCACUGCCGAACGUGCCACAAGAUUUGCCCGACGUGCCGGACGACGACGAGAACAAAAGUAACAAUGACGAGAUCGAUUUCGAUGACCUAUCUCGUCGUUUUGAGGAGCUGAAGAGGAAAAAGUAAUUCGGACGCAUUAACCGUCCGCAUACCGCAGUGCAAGCUUUACCCGUUCGAUCCAAUCGCAAGGAAAAUAUAUUCUCUAUAGCCAGCGGUAUUGAAUCCUGGAAGGAUCUAUCCAUUGAAGGAUGAAAUGUAUCGCUGAUGUGAAAUUGUGCAUCUUUGUUUAUCUUGUUUUUCUUAACGUUUACAAUGAAUAUCAUUAUGUUAUAACCAUAAACUGAAGAGAAAAAUUAUGCAAUUAUGUAUUAUUAAAAAUAAAUCAAUUAAUGA